AUGAAGCUCCUCACAAAGGAAGAAGAAGAUGCCCACUACAGCCAGGUCCUCAAGGGAGGCUCCAUCGGUACAGUCCUCGGUCUCAUCGGUGGCUAUGCAGGUGUCAUGGCCGCAUCCCGCCGCUACCACACAAUCCGCAACCUCACAAUCCCCAUGAAAGCUUUCCUUGUCACAUCAUCCGGAACCUUCGUCGGUAUCAUUGGUGCCGACCGCUCCUCCCGCGCCUUCGAAGCUUCCCAGAACCAGAGCCGACAAUGGUAUGAGAACCGCGAGGAGCGCCUCCGCGAAGAGGGACUGCGCGGGUUGAGCUUCUCCGAUCGCGCUCUCGCCUGGGCAAGGGAGGAGCGCUACACCAUCGUCUUCUCUACGUGGGUGGCGUCAAUGAUUGGUAGCUUUGCCAUUGUCGGGCGCAACCCUUACCUCUCGGGUCCGCAGAAGCUCGUCCAAGCUCGUGUUUAUGCGCAGGGCGCCACGCUUGCUGUGCUGAUUGCUAGUGCUGCUUUUGAGAUCUCCGAGAGGAGGAGGGUUAGGAAAGACCUUGAUGCUAAGAAGAUCGCCGCCGGCCUGCCGGUGGACGCCGAGGCGCCGAAGGGCGAAGAGGGAGGUGAUCUUUGGAAGGAUAUGGUUGCUGCUGAGGAGCAGCGCCUGAAGAAGCAGCACCGCUCACUAUACGAGAAGCACCACACAGACGCCGGAUCUGACCCUGAGUCUGGGUCUACCUCGCCGCAGCAGAAGGCUGGUGUUGAGGGGGUGCAGAGUGAGCAGGAGCAGGAGCAGAAGGGUGAGGAGAAGAAGGAAAAGCAAAAGUGA